CCACUAACGCUGAACUGACUGCUUUAUAUUGCAGAUCGCAUGCAAUUCUCAGUGCAAGGAUACAUACAUUUCUUUUUGUUGGGACAGCCAAUGUCGGACCGCCGUCGCCACUGAGAGCACCACAGCGUAGUAUGUAAGCCGAUUCGCCGUUGCAAAAAGAGCAGUCUGGUAUCAGAACCUCAAAUGCCAUCGCAUCCCCUUGCAUUCUGCAACCCAAGCCCACCAGGAUGAAUGUGGAUUUCCAGGUUCCGUAUCACUGCCCCCAGCUAGCUCCAGUCCAAAUCCCUCGCUGGAGCUACAAUGGCGUACCACAGCUCGUGACUUUGCCUAAUGGAAUGUCCUCCGCAGAUGCUCAGGCUCUCAAAGAGAGCUUGGCUGUACUCGAGAUCGCAACUGUCCCAACAGAUAUUCAACGUUACGUCCGUCAGAUUGCCUUGUCUUGGGAA